AACAACAUUCAAAAGCUAUUAGCGAUUCUUCUUCUCUCUGAUUCAAUCUUCUUCAUAGUUUCUAAGCUCUCAAGUUCUUGACGAAGCAAUGGCUCGUACGAAGCAAACUGCAAGAAAAUCACACGGAGGAAAAGCUCCGAGGACUCUGCUCGCUACCAAGGCGGCGAGGAAAUCUGCGCCGACUACUGGAGGAGUCAAGAAACCUCACCGUUACCGUCCCGGAACCGUCGCUCUUCGUGAGAUUCGUAAAUACCAGAAGAGCACAGAGUUGUUGAUCCGUAAACUUCCUUUUCAACGUCUUGUUCGUGAAAUCGCUCAAGAUUACAAGACGGAUCUGAGAUUCCAGAGCCAUGCGGUGUUAGCUCUUCAAGAAGCUGCUGAAGCAUAUUUGGUUGGUUUGUUUGAAGAUACAAAUCUGUGUGCCAUUCAUGCCAAGAGGGUUACGAUCAUGCCUAAAGAUGUUCAAUUGGCAAGAAGGAUUCGUGGAGAGCGUGCUUAGAUUCGAAUUAAAUCAUCAACUAUUAUUCUAUUAGGGUUUUUGUGUUUUGGAUAAUUUCUGCAACAAAAAUACAUUUAUGUUAAAAUCUCUUUGAGAUAUUAUUUGGUUACCGAUGAUAUUAAAC